AUAGAAAAUAAUCCCCAUCAGAUUCGUCAGAUCUUCGCUUGUCAGUACUCGGGAGAGAAGAUGAUAAAUCUUAUCCUUCUGUUAUCCCUUGUAUCCAGCGUUAGUUCACAGAGGUUAGGUUCACAGUUGUGCUAUCCAUUUGUGCAGCAAGACUGUCCUUUAGGACAACGUUGUGAACAAGGAAUAUGUCAGCGUGAUAUGUGCUACACGGAUCUAGAUUGUCCUAUUUAUCCUUCAGAGCGUUGUGAAAAUGGAAGAUGUGUUCCAGAAACUCUUGAAUGUGGGGGGAGUUGCAUGUAUUUUCCAGGAAGCAUUUGCGAAAAUGGUCAAUGUGUAUGGCCACCUUCAGCACUAUGUUAUGGAAGAGAUUACCUCCCUUGUUCUUCUGGGUACGUCUGUACAAACGGAUUUUGCGAAAGAGAUCGAGAAUGCACAUCUGAUUCGGAUUGCCCAGAUUCCCAUAGGGCAGAGUGCGUAAAUGGAAAAUGUCAACUAUUUACAAGUAUGUCAUAA